GCCAGUGUUCAUUCAGCACUGGGAUCCUGCAGACUGACAACGGAGCCACCAAGCUCUCCGAAACAAACACACGUUUCCAGAUUUAUAAAAAAAACAGUAACGCACGUAGAGGAGAAAAAUGAUGAACGGUUUCCACAACUCCCUGAUCGAGGAAGACUGCUUCCUUUUCACUUCGGAGUCAGUCGGGGAAGGUCACCCCGAUAAGAUUUGUGACCAGAUCAGUGAUGCUGUUUUGGAUGCACAUCUUAAGCAGGACCCAGAUGCCAAAGUUGCGUGUGAAACUGUUGCAAAGACUGGUAUGAUCCUUUUGGCUGGUGAGAUCACAUCCCGGGCUAAUGUGGACUACCAGAAAAUAGUCAGAGACACCAUUAAACACAUUGGCUACGAUGAUUCCUCCAAAGGGUUUGAUUACAAGACCUGCAACGUGCUGGUAGCUCUGGAGCAGCAGUCUCCAGAUAUUGCACAAGGUGUCCAUCUGGAUAGGAAUGAGGAGGAUGUAGGUGCUGGGGAUCAGGGCUUGAUGUUCGGCUAUGCUACAGAUGAGACCGCGGAGUGCAUGCCCCUCACCAUUGUCCUUGCCCACAAACUGAACGCUAAGAUGGCUGAGCUGCGUCGUAACGGCACACUUCCCUGGCUGCGUCCAGACUCGAAGACUCAGGUGACGGUGCAGUACCGUCAGGACCGCGGGGCAGUGAUCCCUGUCCGGGUCCACACCAUCGUGGUCUCUGUGCAGCACGACGAGGAUGUCUGUCUGGAUGAAAUGAGAGAUGCCCUGAAGGAGAAAGUCAUUAAGGCGGUGGUACCCUCUGUGUAUUUGGACGAUGAUACCAUAUACCACCUGCAACCCAGUGGCCGCUUUGUCAUUGGAGGACCUCAGGGUGAUGCUGGUCUAACUGGCCGCAAAAUCAUUGUCGAUACCUAUGGAGGGUGGGGUGCCCAUGGGGGUGGUGCUUUUUCUGGGAAGGACUACACUAAAGUGGAUCGCUCAGCUGCCUAUGCUGCCCGCUGGGUUGCAAAGUCCCUGGUCAAGGCUGGGCUCUGCAAGCGGGUACUUGUCCAGGUUGCAUAUGCCAUUGGAGUGGCCCACCCACUGUCCAUCUCCAUUUUCCACUACGGGACCUCCCAGAAGACCGAGAGGGAGCUCCUGGAGAUCGUCAAGAAGAACUUUGACCUCCGCCCUGGAGUCAUUGUCAGGGAGUUGCAGCUGAAGAAACCCAUUUAUCAGAGGACCGCUGCUUAUGGCCACUUUGGUAGAGAUUCUUUCUCUUGGGAAAUGCCCAAAAAACUCCAAUACUAAACACAAGUGUUAAGCUUUUUUCCCCCAGGCCUGUUGGUGUAUACUACAGAGAAGCCUGUCAGGCCUUUAGGGGGAAGAGGCCCCCUCUUCCCAAAUUAAUACAACUUUCUGUCUUCACUCCCUUUCCAUUUCAUUGCCGCUCCAAACAGUUCUCCCAGCGCUGUACUGUUAGCUUAGCUUGUAUGUAUAUGGGACCAUUAGAAAGGCUCAGUAUUUUAUGAUGUCACCUCUUCUGGGUAUGCAUCUUUUUUGUAGGUUAUGUAAUUGCCUUUUUAAAUUUAAACUGGCAUGUGGAAGCAGCUUCAAUCAGUACUAAUGGAUAUACCUGGUCUCCUUUUCACCUUUCUUCCCUCUGCACCCCUCUUGUCUAUGUAAGGUGGUAACGGAAACCGCAAUGCACUAAAUUUUAAACUAUCCUUUCUAAUUUGAAAACAUCGAUUGCUCACCUGCCUAGUUUUAAUACGCUAUAGGCUUGUUGCAGUCUUUUAAAACCUGUAGAAUGGUGCUUUCAAUGUGUUUCGUUGGGUCUUUCUUUUUAUUUAUUUUUUGUAUUCUCCCUCUCUGGUCUCUUGUUGGAGGAUGUACGUAAUGACGGCACAGUUGCAACGUGGGUUAAUUAAAACAGCUAUGCAUCGUAGUAUUGGCACUAGCCAAACCUGGACUUAGAACAUUUUCCAGCUCAGGCCCUGGCUGCCUUGGACGAGAUACAGGGAAGUCAGAAUGUCUUAUUCCCAAGGUCUGUAGGUUGCACUCUGGUACUUUAGAAUUUUUUUUUUCUUUAUAAGAAAGUUAAUUCCACAAACUGCACAAAAUAACAAUUUUUUUUUUUUUUAAGGGUAUUUUUUAUUUAAAAACAAAAGCCCUUGCCUGUUGACAGCUAGUGUGGUUACAGAGAAACUGGCUACCAUUAUGGCAAAAAAGUGUUAAACACUUUAAUACUUGAACAUUUCUUGUGUUCCUAUUUAUUAUUGUACUCUGUAGCUGGGCGUAGAUACAGAGAAGCCUGUGCUUCAGGAGGCAGCUGUCUUUUACUCCAAAAGGGUUUUUUUUCGAAUGUACAAUUCUUUUGUUUCCAGCAUUCCCUGGUAGGCCAAGGUGUCCUACAGAAAAACCUUGGGUUCCACCUACAGGGGGUCUGGCUGGUGUCGAAACACUUGAGGGGACAGGCAAGCAGGGCCACAGACUUUCCUGGGAGAGGCAGAUUUGGCCGGUGUUGUACAGAGAAGCCGGCCUGUUUACAUGCUCUCUCCAGACUUAUAAAAAGGAUCAGUCUGAAGGCUACUGUUAGCAUGAAAUGGCUUUUUUUUUUUUUUUUUUUUUUUAAUUUCAGGUUAUUACGUAUGUCUUCUCCAAAAGUCCAAAAAAUGACAUGUCAAUAUAAAUAAAGUGCUAGAUCCUUCAUGAAAAA